UCACCGUGGCGACGGCGGAGACGCAACAACGCCACGAGCGAGUGAGCACUUUGCACGUUGCGUGCGAACGGAAUAGCCGCUCGCCGUAUUUACAGCUAUUUAUAACGCGCGUGGCGCGAUGGGCUGGGUGUUCGCCUGUUUCCGAUAUUGUCUCAUCACCGGUGUGAUCCUACUCGGCAUCUCCGGGGCGAUCGUGAGCGUGUUCUCCGGGUACUUCAUCUACCAGCUGUACGAGUAUGCGCCGCUCACACCCUGGAACGUGUGCGGCCCGUCCGCCACUCUGCUGGCAGUCGGGGUCGUCACCUGCGUGAUCGGCUGGGUCGCCUGGCAAUUCAUGUCUUUCUCCAACCGAGCCCAAGUCAUCACCUUUGUGAUCACGCUGGGGACCAUCGCGCUCAUCGAAACCAGCAUCGGAGUCUGGGCCUUGGUGCGACACGAGCAGAUAGACGCCCUGCCACUGAUGCGACAUGAGAUCCUGAACCGCGCGAAGGCAGAGGACAAGCCGGUUUGGGACCGCAUGCAGUCUACGUUACAAUGCUGCGGAAUAGACGGUCCUGCCGACUACCGCGGCAUAGAUGCGAUCCCUUGGGCCUGCUGCAACACGAAUCUGAUGAGCGUUAACAAUACCGUGGGUGCCUGUCCUCACAUCUACAAGCGAGGCUGUCAACACGUCGUGCUGACUCGGACGAAAACGAUCCUCCUUCGCCUUUUCCUGAUCGCUCUGUGCUCCGUGCUGCUGCUGAUUUCCUUCAUAGCGUUAACGACUUGCUACGCUAGAAUCUACAAGGACCGGGCGGACAGGAGGGCGCAUUCGGAGAUGGAACGCAUGUCCGCGCAAGAUGCAAGAGACCCAGAAACGAAGGACAGCCUCCUGGCACGCCAGUCGUCGUAUCCGAACAAGCCUAACGAUUCCUAGUCAACGCGAGACGAACGAACUGCGAGCGACGGAGAUGAGUGUCACGUUUAAGAGCGUCGCGUCGUCACUGUGAUACGUGAGAUAGGUGCCUGCAGAAGUGCGUAGGAUCACAAUAAUAGAUUGAGGACAACGAAUCGAUUCGAAAUGAUAAGAGAAGGAAGGUGGCCCUAAUAUCAUCGUACGAACGUUUGCAAGCACCUAAUGCAAAUUCGCACAGCGACAUAAUAUUUAACGGUAUACGCGGACGAUAUAUUGAUGUGAUUUUACUAUACAAAAAAUGUCUCGAAAAGAUUUCAAUCGUUUUUUACGAAUUUCAACCGGAAUUUUUAGGAGAUAUAGAAGGACGUUUUUUUUCCGUUACAAGCUCAAUCGUGAACGUAUUGAAUUCUUGGUGAACUUCAAUUGAGAUUUUUCAGUCAACGUCCGUUGAUUCUUUCGCAUAUUUACAAGCAGUGGGAUAUUUUAUUUCUCCUUUACAAUGAAAUUGAAUCUAGGAAAAAUGUUUAUUCUGGAAUCACCAUUGAAAAAAGAAAGAAAAAAAAGUUUUGAGAAUAUUUUGUGACGUAGAGAUUUUACUUGGACGUUCUAAAGGAAAGAAUGAAAAAAACGUAUUUUUGGGAGGUUUACUAAAACCGUUUACACUUUACUGCCAUUUUUCAUGUGUUGUCAAUUUGUAUGUCGUUUUCUACGGAAUUUCUAUCGUGCUACUGUUGCAAUAUUUUUUGUGUUCCUAGCAACGCCGAAAGUUACGGUUUCGUUGACGAGUUAUUAUCGCUUCAUCGUAAUGAGUAUUAUAAUAUAUAAAAGCAAUUGACGUUUCUAUUCUCGAGGCUUUUCGUGAUCUAGUGCGUACUUAAGACACCUUUCUACACGAUUAUUAUAAUAAUCAUAGUCAUUAAAUAGCGUAAAGCGUACAGUGCAAUACUUCGCACGUUCAGCUCGUUAGUAACGAUGUAUUAGUGUGGACACUCGGUAUGCGUCACUCUCAUAUCUUGCAUUAUCUGAAAACACUCCAGAUUAGACUAGACCUGCAACGCAGGUUGGAACGCGUAUGACUCUGCGUUCGUAGUAAACCGGGGAGGAUUAGCGCAUUCUUUAACGCGAAUGCAACUUUUAUGCGUGUACCUUCUUUUCUCUAAGCCGUAUUCGCUUUUCCUCACGACAAUCUCCUAUUGUCGUUACUCUCUCUCUCUCAGUGUCAUGCAUCAGUGCAAAGUGUUUUGCAAUUUUUCUGGACAUCUACAUUGUAUUGUAUUGUAUGCUCACGAUAACGUACCGUACUGAAACAAAUUUUGUACAAAGUACGUAGAUGUAGCUUCGAUUCUCAUGGAUGUGUAAUUUUUCUUACGAACGGAUGUAUUUAAAUAAAACCUUAAUAUCUGACAUU